GCAAAUCAAUGUCGUUCAAAAGAAAAUAUUAUAGUGCAGUGUAGUAUUUAAAUCUUUGUUUUAAGUGUAUCUUAAUUUUUUAUUUCUGAAAAUAGUUAAGACACUUUUAAUUAGCUUUCUUUUAUAAUAAAUUUUAUCAUAUCAAACACAUUAAAGUAUUUUAUUCAAAAUUAAUACAAAUGGCAACUAAUUGUGAUUACAUCGAUGAAGAUGUUAACCCUACAAAGGGUGUUUUAUCCACAACCCCUUCCGUAUCAUCUAUACAACAUGAGGAAAAACAAGAUAUUACGGAAAAGUCUCUGAGUAAAAGUGAAGACUCCUUAUCCGAUGUUUCGUAUGAUAAUGCGGCAACGAAUAGCUCAAAAAUUUUUCUAACGCAAACACAGACGACGAAGGCUAAUUCUAACAAUAUGGGUGAUGAUAUAUUUGAAAACGCAUUUGAAUCAUCAAUGGAUGAUUUAGAACAUUCAAAUAUGGAUGGAUACGAAACAGAUUCGGAAAGUGACGACGACGAUAUACAGAGCUCCAGUGCAUUAUUUAAAGAACUACGUCAAUCAUUAUGUUUAACGGGUUUUGGUAACACAAAUCUUCCGCGCACAAAUUCAUUCGAGUAUAACAGCGAUAGUGAUAGUGAUGAGGAUAGUAAUGCCAAACAAAUACAUUCUGCUGUGAAUUUAGUUCCAAAAUUUUAUGCUGGAGAGUACCGUAAUGAUUUAUUUCACACACGUCCUUAUCUCUUGCCUUUUUCGGAACGACGUCGUUUAUCACAAUGCAAAGAAGAGGAUGAAGAUGAUGGUGAUAAGUCGCCACAAGCUUUAGGUGCUGAUUGCGGUGCGCCCAAAUUUGAAAAACCCUCACAUUCUACACCACCGCCUCCACCACCUCCGCCAAUUGUGAACGAAGCCGAUGCAGCUAAAUUUAAACAUUUAGAAUAUCUGCGACAACAAUUUAUGCAUAAAAUUGAUAGCAUUAAUACUAGUGAUGUUGAGGAUAUUAAAACAGUACCACAGACUAAAAAUAUACCACCGCCGCCACCUCCACCAAUACCACCGACAAUAUUGCCACAAUCGCUAAUGAAUUUGCUUCAAGUAAAUACACCAAGUUUAAGGCCGGUACAAAAACAGUUAGACUUAAGAACAAACGAAAAGUUAGAGAAGAAAUCUGGUGCACCCAUUAAACCCAAAGUAAAAAAAAAUAUAUCUUUCAAGCAAAAAAGCGUUGAUUCAUCUAUAAGCAAUGAAAAUUCUGUAAUUAUAAAAGGAAAAUUUACUGUGACCAAAGCCCAAGAAACUCCAGAAUUACCGCAACUACGUGCGGAUGCUAACAAACUAAAGUAUUUAGAUUCCAGCGUGAAUGCACACACCAUAAGUUUUCCCAGCAGCUUCGGCGGCUAUUCCUCAGUGCAGGGCAUAUUUUCACAACGUUAUGGUAGUAAAAAAUCUGACAUUGUUGUGCCACAUCUUUCCAAAAAGUACUUCGAUGCAUCACUUGUGGAGAUACGUGCAAAAUCCAACAACGAUAAUACAACAAAUGAAAAUAACCAAAAUAAUAAAUGUGAUACUAGUUUAAGUAAAUCACCGAAAGAUUACUUAAAUCACUUAGAUGAUGUGUGGGUUAAGCGUUCAGAAACUCUACCCGGUAAAAUGCAUAUGACCGAUGAUAGCGCUGCAGAAAGUGAACGUGCCACUGCACCAUCAGAUGACGAACACGAUGGAAGACUACCUGGGUCCAGACCUUCCAGUGCACCUACUGAACCUAAUGCCAAAGCAGCAAAGAAGGCCUCAAAGAAAAUGGAAAAAGAAGCUAGGCGACAGGAGAAAGAAUUUAAUCGCCGUGAAAAGGAGGCUCGAAAAAUGGAACGUGAAACACAGCGCCGACUGGAACGUGAAGCAGCAAAACUAGAAAAACUUAAUCGCAAUUCUGAAAAGAUGUCACGCAGUACAGAACGGGUUGCACCACGUUCAGGUUCGUUAGAACGUCGUCGUAGCGGUGAGGACUCACCCGUGCUAAAUCAAUCAACUGUGCAUGGUAUAGCUAGUCCCAAUCGACGGCCAACCAUAUUCGAUGUGUUUCGACCGCGCGUUAAAUCUGAUGCAAAACGUAAAGAGAAAAUGUUACUUGAGCCCGGGUCAGCGGCAAUGGCAGGUGUUGGAUCAGGAAUGAGUGCUAAAGAUCGUGAAAGUAGUAGUGCUAGCAGUACACACUCCGGCACGGGCGGCGGCAUAAUGAACUCUAUGAAAGUAGCAAUGCAAAAUUCAGGAUUAAUAGGUGGUGGCCAUCACCGGCAACAUCCUGCUGUAACGAUAACAACAGCAGAAGGCAACUCUGUAAAGAAUAAGUACAAAGACGGUUCAGCGCAUCCACAUCAGGGCAGUGAUGCACAAUAUUAUCACACGGUGACAGCUGUUCGACGUGUAGAUGCUAACCGCUCGCCUAUGACAAAAGUUAUGGAUCUCUUCAGGCACCGCUCGAACUCAGCAACUAAUGAGGCGAAAGCGAAAGCGCGUGCGGCGGCACAUCAGCAGCAGUUGGCAGUGCAAAGUGCUCAUAUGCGACGUGCCUCUGCUGAUUUAGAAAAACGUCGUGCUUCUAUUGGUACCGCUGGUCGAGGCUUACGUGGUGAUGGUACUUUAGAUCCAUAUCAUGCUGCAAUACUAUUUAGAGACUCAAGAGGGUUGCCAGUCGCGGAUCCGUUCCUAGAGAAAGUUAAUUUAUCAGAUUUAGAAGAUGAUGAUUCACAAAUUUUUGUAAAAUUUUUCCGCUUUCACAAAUGUUAUGACCUAAUACCCACAUCAGCAAAAUUGGUGGUCUUCGACACUCAACUAUUAGUGAAAAAAGCUUUUUAUGCGCUUGUGUACAACGGGGUACGUGCUGCGCCACUAUGGGACUCACAAAAGCAACAAUUCGUUGGAAUGCUAACCAUAACAGAUUUCAUCAAAAUAUUACAAAUGUAUUACAAAUCACCAAACUCAUCAAUGGAGCAGUUGGAAGAGCACAAAUUGGAGACAUGGCGAAAUGUACUGCACAAACAAGUAUUGCCUUUGGUUAGCAUUGGACCCGAUUCCUCGUUGUACGAUGCUAUUAAAAUUCUCAUACACAGUCGCAUACAUCGAUUACCAGUGAUUGAUCCAGCUACCGGAAAUGUUUUGUAUAUAUUAACCCAUAAACGUAUACUCAGGUUCCUCUUUUUAUACAUAAGUGAAUUACCAAAGCCGUCAUAUAUGCAAAAGACAUUACGUGAUCUAAAAAUAGGCACAUAUGACAACAUUGAGACCGCUGACGAAAGUACCAGCAUUAUAACUGCACUAAAAAAAUUUGUUGAAAGGCGAGUCUCUGCUUUACCAUUGGUAGACUCUGAGGGAAGACUUGUCGAUAUUUAUGCAAAGUUUGAUGUGAUUAAUUUAGCAGCUGAGAAGACCUACAACGAUUUAGAUGUUUCACUACGCAAAGCCAACGAACAUCGCAAUGAAUGGUUUGAAGGAGUACAAAAGUGCCAUCUAGAUGAGUCCUUAUACACAAUAAUGGAACGUAUUGUGCGUGCAGAAGUACAUCGUCUAGUUGUUGUCGAUGAGAAUCAAAAAGUAAUAGGCAUUAUUUCACUAUCCGAUAUAUUAUUAUAUUUAGUGCUGCGACCAAGUGGUGAAGGUGUGGGUGUAUCCGAAAGCUCAUUACGUGCUUCGGAUCCGAUUUUGUUAAGCCGGAAAUCUUCAGACGAAGAUGAACUAACAGCUGAAAAUAAAUCACCCUCAGCAGAUUCAGGUAGUCGUAGUCUCAUUGAAGAUAUACCCGAAGAAGAGGUACCGAUUCCAGCAGCAACAAUAGAUGCUGAAUGUAGUGGCGGGGAUAGUGACAAUAAUAAAUCGACAAGUGAAGAUAAAGUGAAUAAUAAUCACGAUAAUGAUGUUAGUAUUAAUGACGAUGAACAGGAUGUAGAUAAUAGUGCAAUGCAAAAUACUGGCGAUGGUGAUAGUCAAGCCGAAGUGUCCUUUACUGAAACAGCUAUAAAUGAACGUGAUGAAGAAGAAUAUGAUGAUGAUGGCACAGACGUCAUCAGUGGUAAUUGUGAUGAUUUAAAAAAAUCUGCCAGCUCUACAGCGACAGAUGAUAAUGACAUUAUGUCAGCGGCGGCUACGUUAGGCCAGGGUGUACCAGCGACCGCACGAGAAGUUGGACUUGUCAGUGAAUAAAUUAAUUUAACCUUUUAGAAUACGCCAUAACUACAAAUGUAUCCCUAUUAUUGAAAUAUUUUCUUAAAUUAAAAACAAAAAGCAGAUUUAUUAAUAAAAAGAAAAGCUAUGAAAUUAUAUUUAAUUAAAAAACUUAUUGCACCACUAGCAAGCGCGCUUCGAUUUUCUCCAUUUUGUUAAUUAUUAAACUAAUUUUUAAUUAAUCUGCUGGAUAGUUUUAAUAUAACGAAACAAUAAAAGUGUGAAGAAUGAUAAAUUAAAAUUUGUAAAUUAAGUAGGAACACAAACAAAAAUACAAAUUGUAAUAUAUAUGUUUUUAAUAAAUUAUUUAUACAAAAUGAAAAUAACAAAAACCAAACUACAAAUUUAUUACUAUUAACCAAAAACUGAAGUUAGAUGAGAGAGAAAAAGGAAAAUUGUAAGAAAACA